AUGUGUUGUGUACAUGCACCGGUUGCUAAGCACAGUUAUCACGUUGUGUACUAUAACAGCCAAUAUUUUUGAUGUCAGCAGUCUUUUGAGCAAAAAAUAAGAAGAUGAAAGUGGUCGCGUUAAUAAGUGGGGGCAAAGACAGCUGCUACAACAUGAUGCAGUGUGUUGCUGCUGGGCACCGGAUCGUAGCUCUUGCCAACCUCCGUCCUGCUAACACAGAUGAGUUGGACAGCUACAUGUACCAGACAGUGGGCCACCAGGCCAUAGAUCUGUACUCUGAAGCCAUGGACCUGCCCCUGUACAGACGGACCAUCCAGGGCUCGAGCCUGGACAUCAGCAGAAACUACAGCGUGACUGAGGGGGAUGAGGUGGAGGACCUAUAUGAGCUGCUCAAGCUUGUGAAGGAAAAGGAGGGUGUCGAGGCAGUGUCUGUAGGGGCCAUUCUCUCCGAUUACCAGAGGGUCCGUGUGGAAAAUGUAUGUUUGCGGCUAGGUUUGCAGCCCCUGGCCUACCUGUGGCGCCGAGACCAAGAGUCCCUGCUUUCCGAGAUGAUAUCAUCUGACCUCCAUGCUAUCCUCAUCAAAGUCGCCGCCUUCGGCCUGGAUCCAGAGAAGCACUUGGGAAAAUCUCUAUCUGACAUGGAGCCCUAUCUGAAACAGCUGUCUCAGAAGUAUGGAGUUCAUAUCUGCGGAGAAGGAGGAGAAUAUGAAUCCUUCACUCUUGAUUGCCCCCUCUUCAAAAAAAAGAUGGUUGUAGAUGCAAUGGAGACAGUGAUCCACUCAGCAGAUGCCUUCGCUCCGGUCGGCUACCUGCGCUUCACAGAGAUACACAGCGAGAACAAAGAUAGCGAUGUGGUGGCGAGAGCUUUGCCCCAUGGUAGUUGUCCUUGCCAGAACGCCAUUGACAAGAUGACUGAGGAGGUGGAAUAUGCUGAUCAAGCUCAAGACAACCAGCAAGAAUUUACAUCAAAUUGUGACCUUAGUUGUCAGCGGGGCCACGACCCCUCCCCAUCCUGCUCACCGAGGAGCUCCAAAGGCUAUCAGUGGAUCUCUGGCAUCAACGGCCUUCAGAGCAAAGAUCCUGGGAUCCAGGGCCAGACAACGGCAGCUUUCACACAGCUGCAAAGUGAGUUGGACAGCAGAGGCUGGAAGCUGAAGGACAUCGUCCUCGUUCACCUGUAUGUGAGGUCCAUGGAAGAUUUUGUUUCUCUGAACACCGUCUAUAAGAAACACUUUGACAUAAACCCUCCAGCCAGGGUGUGUGUCCAGGCUCCCCUUCCUGCCGGGCAGCUGCUGCAGAUGGACUGCCUGCUCCAUGACUGGACCGAGCCCCUGGAGGAGGGCUGCUUCCACCAGAGAGAAGCCCUGCAUGUCCAGAGCCUGUCCCACUGGGCCCCCGCCAACAUCGGGCCCUACAGUCAGGCCUUUAGGGUCGAUGAGUCUGUUUUCUGCGCAGGCCAAAUUGCUCUGGUCCCCUGUACCAUGCAGCUGGUAAAGGCUGGCACCAGGACGCAGGCCCGUUUGUCCUUCAGCUACGUGGAGAAGGUUCUGGAGGCUGUGAUCAGCAGCCUGACUCUAGCUCAUGUUGUCCAGGCCCACUGCUACACCACAAAACACCAAGACAUCCCCAUCAUCAGGGCCGCCUGGGAGAGCAUGCUGAGGACCACAGAAGAAGAGAAGGACCUGAUGUGGGAGCAUGAAAUCAAACCUGCGCCAUUGUUGGUGGUCGUGGUGCCGGCCUUACCCAAGGGUGCAGCUGUGGAGCUUCAUGUAACUGCAGUACACGAUGAUCCCACCCAAAGGACGUCCUGUCACAUGACUACAAAGGUGGCGUGCGGAUCCGUAGAGUGCCACACUGUAAUGUCUGCAUGUAGCGCUUCACUUUCACUCUCCCUGGCUGUGCCCGGCGAUAACCUGGAGGUCACCGGUGUAAAGGAUGUUACAGAAGCAGUUGGCGCUACAUUAAAGAAAGCCAUGAAGAAGAUGGCUGCUGAGCUGGUGCCACUGUGUGCCAGGGUGUUCUACAAGGGCAACCACCCGCUGGCACAGCAGAUUGUUGAAGGGCUUGAAGAAAGUUUGAGGAGCUCUCUAGCAGACUCCAGUCCGUCUGUGGCCCUGGUUCCAGUCCUGGACUUGCCGGACUCCGAGAUCCUCCACCUGUCCUGCUGGCUCAGUUUAUAGUCAACAGCCAGACUCCAGUCAUCCACAGCACUGGAAUCCAAUGGGGCUUUUCUGGAGAACCAACUAUCACAGCCCAACAACUCAAGACUUACAACAGGACAUUGUGAAUGUGACAAAUAAAAACGGCAUAACUGCUUAUUGAUGUUGACUGAAAGGCAAACUUUUGUCCGUCUCCAAGUGGUUUUGAGGAUGUGCAGUUUUGAGGAUGUGCUUAUUUGACUUCAUAUCGCAGAAGUUAGGCCAAUAAUCCCUAUGUCCUCUACUGGAGUUGUUUACUGCAGCAGCUGUUAUUCUGCCUUCGAGAAGAGUCUUAUAGAACUUCUAUAAGCUAAAGCUGCAUACCAGAAGGCUGGAGACCACGGACUACAAAAAGAGACACCAGCAGUGUCUCAUUCCACGAGGCGAUAAACUGUAUCCCCUGAUAUCCCACUGUUUCUGGUGGAAUGUCUCUCUCCACGUUAGCUAACACCCCUCAUAAAGGCCUAGCGCCACCGCUGACACCAUCUGUUCAGUUGUAAACCUAUAGAUUUACUGUGUGACUGCUUUGUGGAUGAUGUGACUGUUUCUCUCUCUCAUGCUCCAUGGGAUUCAAGGUGUGUUAUUAUUGUGUAAUGGGCAAUCAGUGGCAAGCACCUGAAAAGAUUAAGCCUCUUUAUGGUUUCUAUUGAUUCUAAGGCAAGCUGGUUAAUAGGAGAGGGACCCUACAACACACAGCUGCAGGCCAGGUGUGUGUUGCUGUGUUGUGUGUAUGUGCUCGGGCCCGAAAAUGGACAUUGUGACGAUGUGGGAAGAAAACAACGCCAUUAACCAUUGCUCCUGGAACAAUGCUUUUCUCAAAGAUCAUGAACCGUAUUGAUGAUCUGAGUUGGAAUGCAUCUUCACUCCAGCUAUUCUCUUUAUCGCAUUUGUGAUGGCGGCAGAGUGGAGUGGGCUAUUGAUCUUCACCAACCGAAUGUUGUUUUGAUUGUUGUUAUCAAAAAUUGAACAAUAGAGGCAGCCAAUAGAGCCUGAAGAUUUUAUUGAGGGUUGAAAAACACAAACAAGCAAUUAUUUAUGAGAGCGAGCAAUCCAAUGCCCCAUAAAUAUACAGUGUGUGUUAAUGUUCACCUGUUUGCUUUUAAAGGCCCCACCAGGGGAGAUUUAGAAUUGUUGAUUGAUGUAGCUGUCAAAUAAGCACAAAGAUAUGGAUAUUUUGUAAUAAAGUACUUAUAUUUUGUACUUGUACACCUCAGUCAACUUAACACCAAUACAUUUUACAUACUUAACUUGAUUAUAUUUCAGUGUUUCCAAUAAAUAAAACUGAUUAUAAUUCCAACAGAUUAAGCAAUGAAACAAAUAGCUGAAGAAGAUAUUGCUCUAAAAAUGUUUUCUUUGUAAAUAUUCUUGGUUCCUUACAUUUCUUUGUGUGUGACAGUCUGAAUGUCAAGCAGGUUAUUGCCAAACCAUUGUGUGCUGCGCUAACAUGCAUGUUCACCAGACAUGAUACAUUAUGGUUUACAGAGAGGAUUAGAAAUACGUUUUGUUGUCGAAAUUCAGAAAUGAAUAAUAAAGAAACAACCUACACCA